GCCUGUGGAAUAAGACACUUAAGUGAUCCGGUGUGCAGACGCGACACUUUGUGCGGAUGAUUAUAUUAAUGUUAUUUUUCUUUUAAAAACACGGCUUGACAUUGUCUGAUUACAAGGACUUUGUGGGAAGAGAGAAAAGGAAAAAGCGUUUUUUCUGGACGCGCAUUUAUUCCGCUCUUCCUGACGUUCCAGUGCACCGAGCCGGCUGAAAUUACACCUCCAGGACUUGUUUGUUAACUUAUUAUUAAGAAAGAAAAGUCAUCAUGGCAGAGACGUCGGCAGCUCCAGCCAAAGCCAAGAAGACAUCCAAGCCCAAGAAACCUGCCUCUCAUCCCAAGUACUCGGAGAUGAUUAGAGCCGCUAUUGUUCACGACGCGAGCCGGAGCGGAGCGUCCCGUCAGUCCAUCCAGAAGUACGUGCGCAAGAACUACAAGGUGGGAGACAACGCCGAUGUACAGAUUAAAAUGGCCCUGAAGAGGCUGGUGGCGGACGGGACGCUGCGCCACACCAAAGGCAUCGGCGCGUCCGGAUCCUUCAGGCUGAACAAGCCGGAGGAAACCAAAAAGACCACCAAGACAGCGGCGGUCGUCAAACCCAAGAAGGCUGCGAAGCCCGCAAAACCCAAGAAGGCGUCCAAACCCAAGAAGGUGCACAAGACGCCGGAAAAGCCCAAGAAGGCAGCUGCAAAGAAAGUGAGGAGGGUCGCGAAAAAGGCGACGCCGGUGAAAGCCAAAAAGGCACCAGUUAAGAAAGCCAAGCCAGCCAAGGCCAAACCAAAACCAGCAAAGAAAGCAGCGAAGCCCAAGGCAAAGACGGCCAAAAAGGGAGCCAAAUCAGCAAAAAAGAAGUAAAGAAAAAAAAGAAAAGAAAGGACACUAUGAGAAAGACAAAGUCACUGUAAAUACUUAAGGAAAUGUUUUCGUAUAUGUAUUAUUUUUGUAAGGUCUCAUGCAAACUUAUGCUGUUUCUACCAGUAGUUUUCUCUCCAUUGCACUAUAGCCUGAAGAAGCUGUAGAAAUACCUGUGAGCAUUUUUAUUCCGUUAAUAAUAAUAAUACCGUUAAUUUCUGUCUGAUCCUUGGAUACGUGUAAGCUCGACUGAAAGUGUAAAUACAGUCCAACUAACUAUAGUUAUUGUUAGUGCACGGGGUCAUACUGAAAAUACAAAUGUUUGAAUGGUGAGCAUUGUUGAGCCUUUACAAUGUACAGACCAUAGGCAGUGGACGUCAGCAAGAUUUUUCCUAAAGGCUCCAUAGUUGUCAUUCAGCGUCCAUUCUGUCAAAAAAAAAAAAAAUUCUCAUGUUCAGACGACUCAUGAUAUACAAACAUCCCACUGUUUCCAGUCACUUUUAAAGACUGUUGACACUACAGUUCAAUAAACCUUUGUCAUCUUCUAAAAAAAACAAAAAAA